AUGUCUAGAGACAACGAUACAUCGCGUGGUGGAGGUGGGGAUAAUUUCUUCGAUGCUCCCCAGUACGACGACGACUCGCAUAGAGAUAUCGGAAGGAAGAGCCCCAGCGAUCCCUGUAACUCAUCUCUCUAUGACACUGAGCUUAUGGUUAGCGAUAAUGAUGAGGACCCGGAAGGAGGUACCCAGGGCCAAGAGGCCGCCCCGGAACAAAUUUCCCGAAUGCUCAAGGAUUUGGAGAAGUCUCGCGAGCUUGAACCCUUGGGGGCGGUGGGUUUUAAAGCUAAAAUCGACGCCAAUAACCGGUAA